AUGUCCAGAAAAAAGAGAGGAUUGUAUUUUAUAGAGUAGAUACUUGAUUAUAAAUAAUACAAUGGCUAGAAAUAUUAUCUUGUCAAAUGGCAAGGCUAUAAUAACAGAGAUUGCACCUGGGAGAAACCAGACAAGAUACCAAAUUUAACUUAAUUUUUGCACCAAUUUGAAGAAAAUGUUAAAAAUAAUGGAUCGAAUUUUUAUCAUAUCCAAAAUGAUGAACCACCUCAAUUAGAGGAUUUUAUUGGAGUGCCCAGCAAAUCCAAAUAGAAUUAGCAUUAACACCAAUAAGAACAAAUAAAAAUAUUACAAAAUUAGGUAGAUCAAUUAAAGUCAGAAAUAGAUCUAAUGAAGAAAUAACAAGAUGAAUUAGUCUAGUUAAUUACUACUAAUUAAUAGAAUGAAAAGACUUUGUAACCUAAUUAAUAGCAGGAUUCUGAAAUCAUUUAAGAAUCCACAUCAGAAUAAUCCCAGAAAAACACUGAAAUCAAAUUACAAUGUGAAGGCGGAUUUGAGUUUGGAGAUCUAUUGGAUAAGAUUGGCCAAGCUGUACAAGUAAAGGAUAAAGGACAUAAAAUGUAUUAUCUAUUGUGGCAAAAGAGACCCAAUGGUAUUGUUCCAAAAAAUAGAUGGGUCAAUAGCGAAUAUCUUAUGAAGCAUGAUAUAAACACCUUGUGUUACUAUCUUCAAAAAAAGUUAUGA